AAGUCAGAAAGGUGCCAAGUCUCGAAGCGGCAGCACACAGCUCGGAGAAGAAAUUUUCGGAAUAAAAAAAUACGUUGUACAAGUUUAAAAAAUAGUUCACCCAAACCCAUUUAACAAAAUCCAAAGCAUAAAGCAGUGAAUAGUGCCAUUUAUCAAAAUUUACCACAAAACAACAAGUUUUGGAAUUCCAUGCUGUUUCGCUACGCCCAUUCUCUUCGGACUUCCCAGUGCAAUAAAUUGAAAAGAUCCUUUUUCACAUCAGGGUUGCUUUGGAAAAUAUGUAUGUACAAGCUAAAUAGUCAACUAUUAAGAUUAAUAUUUUUUCAGAACAGCAGUUUUCGGCAAUUCGUGCCAACAUAAAUAAAAUCAAAUCAAUUCGCGGCGAUCUGGCAUCUCUGUCUGCAGGGCUACUCCGAUAAACCGACGUUCAUUGCGCGCGAAAACAGUCAGUUGUUUUAGUUGAGGGAUUGGUCACCGGAAACGCAGCCAUGGUGCUAACCUGCGUGCUGUGCCGCAGCAGCGAGCAGGACGAGCUGAUCUUCGGCACUGUGCACGUGGAUGGCAAGAUGAUGGUGCACCGCAACUGCUUGUACCUCAGCUCGAAUCUUAUCCAGCGCGGCGACAGCAACUUGGACAUCAUGAACUUCCGCAAGCAGGACAUCGAAGCGGAGGCCGAGCGCUGCCGUUCGCUUAAGUGCUGCUAUUGCCGCCGCUUGGGCGCCAAUAUUGUGUGCUGCAAGUCGGGAUGCCGUCGCACCUUCCAUACCAAGUGCGGCGCCGAUAAUCUGGCCCAGAACCAGUUCUGCCACACGUACAAGUCGUUCUGCCAUCAGCAUGUGCCGGUGCUUCGCCACCGUCCGGCGUACAAGAAGGACGAGAAAUGUCUCAUAUGCUUGGAUGACCUGAUUGCCAAGGGCGAGCGCUUCAGCGUGGUGAGCUGCCUAUUCGCGCCGUGCUGCCGCAAUGGAUGGUUCCACCGCAGAUGCCUGCAGGGCUACGCCAACUCGUCCGGCUACUUCUUCAAGUGCCCGCUGUGCAACAACAUUGAAAUGUUCCGCAGGGUGGUAUAUAUGGGCAUCGCCGUGCUGAACCAAGACCCCUCCUGGGAGACUGAGCCGGGCGCCUUUGCUGAGCAGUUCCGCCGCGAUCUCAUUUGCACGGCCACGUUUUGCAAUGUGGUGUCUGGUCACAACGACAUUCCCGCCAUGCUGUUGUAUUGCACCUCAUGUGGCGCCAAUCCGUCGCACCUCAUUUGCACGCUGAUGGACUACGAUACCUACGUCUGCGAGGUUUGCUCAGCCGUCACCCCGGAGGCAGUGCCCGUUCCCGAAGUGGACGCCGACUCAAUGGACGAGAACAGCUUUUUACAUCCUGUGUGGCCAAUAGGACCCGCAAUCGCUUGACCGGCCACAUGGCCACCCGCAAGGGGUAGGAGAACAGAUGGCAUUACGAUUGAUGACACUCGCACAAACCCAUGUACACAACAAGAUCAAUAAGGAUUUACUCUGAGUGGGCAGGAUACCUAGAGGGACUAGGAGUUAUCCUGUUCCACAUUCAAUUUACACAGUAUCAAUAUGAAUAUAUCCUGAGUGGGCAGGAUACCUGCAGGGACUAGGAGCACAGCAGACAUCACGACACAUAACACUCGCACAUUCCAUGUACACAUCAGUAUAUCGAUAUUGAUGUCUUCUGUGCGGCCAGUUUACCUGCAGGGAUAAGAACGGAUGACACUACGACAGAUCACACUCGAGCAUAGCAUGUACACAUCAGUAUCAAUAUGAAUGUAUCCUGAGUGGGCAGGAUACCUGCGCAGGGACUAGGAGAACAGAUGACACACACAUAACACUCGCACUUUCCAUGAACCAUCGCAUCACAUCGACUAGGCUGUGGACCAAAUUCGUGCGUUUGGUUCGCACCUGCUAUUCUCAUUGUAGCUUUAAUUUUCAGCCUUUUGUACAUACAGAAUCCCAUUAAAUUCCUGUUCUCCUAGCGGCAUUCGCUAAUAA